UGGAAACGACACCGACACCUCCUCUGUAUCGUCGCGACCGACCGUUUAAAAUUUCAGUCGCUUGCAUUUGCGUCGCCAGCGUCUUUUCCACCGAUGGCAGUUUGUGGUGUAAGAUGGAACGCGUCGUAGUCUUCGGAUAAACCCGUUAUGACCUGGUUGCCCCUCUUAUGCGGGAUCCUCUGUCUGGCCCCCUGGUCACCCGUGGAAUCGCGACUAUACAGGAAUAUGAGUCGAGAGGAUUUGUAUAAAGAAGUUCUACGACAAGUGGGUCCUUCUGCGGCGAAGAAGACGCGGCAAACCAACGGAAGAGUCCGCUUGUACAGUUCAACAUCGUUCGAACCCCAUUACCUGACGCACGAAGUAGCUCACGUACCACCCGAACCGGCUGCAUGUUCCGCGGAGGACAUCUUGCAAGAAGACAUGAGGUUGUCCUGCGGUCCUCGUAAAACCCUGGUACCGUUACCUCCUGCACCGCCCGAUGUUAUCCGUCUUCCGCAGCUGGCAGAAGUGUACCAGUGCAGUGGCAGCUGUUUCCAAAGCCUCUACUGUGAUCCUAUUGCUACAUCGGCCAUCGCUGUUCCGGUGCUGCACGUGAACUUCUCAUCGGGUGAGCCUGUAGUCGAAUGCAGUCACGUGACCAUGAUAGAACACAAGAGGUGCCGUUGCGCGUGUCGUCUGCAACGUCACGACUGCAACUCUAAACAGAUAUACUCUGAAGACGAGUGUUCCUGCAAGUGCAGGAACGUUCUCGAAGCAUUUGAAUGCAUGGAAAUGGACAAGAUAUGGAGACCCCUUCUAUGUUCCUGUGAGUGUCCUAGAAUACUCGUGUGCUCCACUGGCUUCCACUUCAACCAUGACAGCUGCAGGUGCGAACGACGCUCCUAGUUUACCCUUGUUUCUUGUACCACGUACAGUCGAACUAAAUGUUAACUGACAACCAG